AACUGGAUGAAAAAUUCUUUGGAGGAAGAGAAGACAAAAAUGCUUAAGUUUGAAACACAAGACCCAGAAUUAAUGAUGGGUUGUUACCAUUCUAAUAUGGCCUAUGAUAUCACUCAGCUAUCAUGAUCUAAUAAUGUGCAAGCCAAAUGUAGUACCAGUUUUGAUGGUAGGCCUCAUCACCUGCAUUGAUUUGAGAGAAAAUGUAAAGAAACUGAAGCAGGACAAUGAUGUACAUGCCAACAAAAUAGAAAAGACAUUAAACAGUGUUGUAAAACAACUCAAUAACAGUAUCUCAAAUGAAAUUUUGCUUCGGGUGAAGCUUUGUUUUAAGAAACUCAUGACAAAGAAGUGGCUAUCCAAUAGUGAGGAUUUUAAUCAGAUAAUAAGCAUUGCUGAAAAGUAUUGUGAAGAGUUCAAGAAGAUGAAACCAGCCAAUUACCAGGUUUUGAUAUCUGGCAUCCACUAUCGGUUUGUUAAAGAGUACCUAGCACAAAUCAUGAAACAACGCUUUAACUGCAAAUCAUCUGAAGAGCGUGACAGAGCAGCAAGUAAGAUCAGGGAAGAAUUGGGGACAAUAAAUAAGAUGUAUGGAGAACUCGUAAGUAAUGUAAAUUUUUUUGUUUUGUUGAAUAUGUGCUGCAAACACUGGCUUAACUUCGGCUUAAUUUCCCCUGUGAGCCAAAACCUCUUCAAGCAUUAUUCACCAACUACUAUGGUUUACACCUCUGAGCCUUUGUGA